AUGUUAAAGUUUAUAAUUCCUCUUGUUGUAUUGAUUAAGUAUUCUAAAGAAUGAAAGAUUGUUCAGGUAGGUAUAUUUUUUGUUAGGUUUAUUUUAAGAUUACAUUGUUAUCAUAACUUUUAUUUAUUUAGAGUAGGAUUUAACCUUGGUAUGGAUUAUAUCAGUUAUAUUAUAAUUAUGUUGAGAUUUUGAGUGGUUUCUUUAAUUUUAAUUUCUAGUCAAAAAGUUAAGAAGUUAGAUAACUUUAAUAGGAUAUUUAUCAUAGUAAAUAUUAUAUUAUUGGUGUUUUUGGUACUUACUUUUUCUUCAAUAGAUUAUCUUAUGUUUUAUAUUAGAUUUGAAGCUUCUUUAAUUCCAACUUUGAUUUUAAUUUUAGGCUGAGGGUACCAGCCUGAGCGAAUUCAGGCGGGUAUUUAUAUACUUUUUUAUACUUUGGCAUUUUCUUUACCUCUUCUUGUAUCUUUACUCGUAUAUUACAGAGUUAGUGGAAGAUUGAUCAUUAAUUUAAGAAGAUCUUUAAGAGGGAUGGGUUAUGUAAGAAAGUUAUGAUAUAUUAGGACGGUCUUAGCUUUUAUAGUUAAGCUACCAAUGUUUAUAUUCCACUUAUGACUUCCUAAAGCACAUGUAGAAGCUCCUAUUGCAGGUUCUAUAAUUUUAGCUGGGGUACUAUUAAAGUUGGGAGGAUAUGGACUGAUUCGAGUUCUUAUUAUAUUCCAAGAAAAUAACAAAGAGUUUUGUUGAUUAUGGGUUAGAGUAAGAAUUAUAGGAGGAGUUUAUAUUAGACUUGUAUGUAUACGUCAAGUUGAUAUAAAAUCUUUAAUUGCUUAUUCAUCUGUUGUCCAUAUAAGAUUAGUCCUUUGUGGUAUUGUUAUUUUUAGAUGAUGAGGUUUAGCUGGUUGUAUAAUUUUGAUAGUCGGGCAUGGUUUGUGUUCUUCUGGAUUAUUUUGUUUAGCUAAUAUAGUGUAUGAACGAACAGGAAGACGAAGUUUAAUAGUGAAUAAAGGAUUACUAACAUUUAUACCAAGAAUAGGCUUGUGAUGAUUUUUAUUAAGAGUGAGAAACAUGGCUAGGCCUCCAUCAUUAAACCUUAUAGGAGAAAUUAUAUUGAUUUUAACUAUAUUAAGAUGAAGAAAACUAACAAUUUUUGGUAUUAGAUUAUUAUCUUUUUUUAGAGCAAGAUACACAUUGUAUAUAUAUAGGUUAAGUCAGCAUGGGGUUUUUUAUAAUUCGUUAUAUUCAUGUUGUUCAGGUAAGGUCAAUGAAUAUUUAAGUUUAUUUUUACAUUGAUUGCCUUUAAAUAUUAUAAUUUUAAAUAGAACUUUAGUUAUAAUUUAG